AACCGUCGGGGCCGAGUGCGGCGCGGCCGGGGCCCGCAGACUUACUUUGUGCAGAAUGUCAUCUGAUGAGGAGAAAAACACAAGUCCAGUUUUCCCAAAUGACUUUGUUCAGGACAGUUCUGUUUCUUCAGAUCCUCAGGAUGAAUAUGAAGAGCUGUUUCGUUAUACUGUAGUGACUCCGAAGUUUGAGCAGUGUGUCUCAAAGUUUCCUGAACCUGCCUCGGAAAAGAGACCAUCUGAAAGAAUUUACAGGUUAACAGGUUAUGCCACUCACCAUAAUACUCCAGUCUCAACAUCAGUGAAGCAGGCCGAUAUGGAACAACCUGCUCUUCCAGAAACAACUUCCACACAUGGUCCAGGAGAAGUCAGCAAAACCACAGUGACUGAAUUAACUUCACCAGAUGGAAAAGUCACUCAAAUAGAAAAUAUAGUUGAUCUCUGGAGUGGAAAUCUUAAGACGAAUAUUCUGACUGAACUGAAAACUUGGGAACUUAAUUUGAUUCAACAACACAAGCUUCAAAUGAGACAAGAGAAAGAGAAACAUGACACACAAGUGAAACAACUGCAGAAUGAGAUGGAAAACCUGAAAGAGUUACUUCGUACUUAUGAAAUCUCUAUUAGCAGGAAAGAUGAGGUAAUUACUAACUUGACCCAAGCAUUAGAAAAGCAAAAGGAGAGAGUAGCGUUGAUGAGAAAGUUUACACUGUGGCGGAUUCAGCAUGUUAAAGCCAAACAAGAGGAAUAUGCAAUUAGAAUGGCAGAUAAACAUUUCCAGACAGUUUUGAUGAAGAAAGUGUGGGCUGCAUGGCGCUCUGUUAGUGAAGAAAAAUGGAAAGACAAAGUAGCAAGGGCCUGUCAGUUAAAGGCAGAAGAUGUAUGUGUUCAGCUCACCAAUGAUUUUGAAGCAAAAAUUGCAGAGUUAACUGCUGCUUUGGAACUGACAAGAUCUGAGCUUCUGCAACUGCAUAGUGAAAGAGAUCAGUAUGAGGACACGAUGAAGAAGGCCUUUAUGCGUGGUGUAUGUGCUUUGAAUCUGGAAGCAAUGACCAUGUUUCAAAGCAAGGACAGUAGGCCAGAUCCUGAUACAGGAAGCAGGAGAAAUGAUCAUGCAACCACUGGUGCAGGAAGGCCACCUCCUUCACAAUAUAAUCAACCCUCACCACCACCUCCACCAGCAGCUGCUGUUCAGGUGGAAAACAUGUUUUGUUGCCACCUGGCUCAUGCAAGCACUCCUGAGACCAGGCUAGAUUCUGAUUCUCCAGUUAUCAUCACUAGCACAACAUCAGGAUCUGGUGUGACAUCAACGCAAAAACUGUCCAUGCCAAAAGUAAUAACAUCUGCACAACAGAAAGCAGGAAGAACAAUCACUGCUCGAAUCACAGGCCGAGCUGAUAUGGGACAAAAAUCCAGAGCUUCUGGAAGUUUAGCAGUGAUGGGAGUUGCUCCACCCAUGAGUUCAGUUAUUGUUGAGAAGCAUCAUCCAGUCACUCAGCAAACCAUAUCACAAGCCAUGGCUGCUAAGUAUCCUCGAACUGUGCUUCAUUCUUCUGGCUCUACCUUUGCAAGACCUGCAGGACAAGCUGGGCGAGUGCUUCAGAGCCAAACUCAUACCAGUGUUCAGUCAAUAAAAGUUGUUGACUGACUGACUAUCUUUCUCACCAGUAGGGCUUUUUAAUCAAGCCUCAGCCCUCAGGAAUGCAGUCCCAACAAGGAGAAAGUGUCCUCCACCCCUGCCCUGGCCACAGCUCCCAGCACCAGCAGGGAGCUCAGCAUGGCACUGCACUCUCAGAGAGGACACUGUAAUGUGCUCUGUAUCAACUUACCAGCUAAAGGCUGAAGUCCUGCUUCCACCAGAUCUUCAUACAGAUGUUUAACAGGAUUCUGAUGAGCCAGCAAUGUACCAUGUAACCAGAUGAGCAAC